ACCCAAAAAAUAUUUUCUUUUGAUUUUUUGACCCACCUUCUCCAUUUUACUUUUGACUCCCAAGUCCCAAAAUCCUUCCCAUUUCUCUCCGUUUCUUUUUUAUUUUUUUAUAGCCGUUGAAGGCAGCCCAACUCUUCUUCUCUCUUUCUCUCUACCUAACUGUUGCAGGCAGAAAUGGACAAGAAACCCACCAAGGAAUCAUCAUUAGCUAUAGCUGCUGCUUGUAGUUCUUUGAAGCGAAAGAGACCGCCCAUGAUUGAGAUCCCAAAUGUGCUCCAAGAAAUCCACACUGUUAAUAGUCAUACCAGUACGAAACACCGUUUCCAAGAACUCACUCCCAGGAACACUGCCCUUUCUUUCAGUGGGAAUGGUGUUGGUGUUUCUGCUAUCAAAGGCAAGAAAAAAUUCAUGGAAGAUACCCACAAGAUUGUUUCUUGCUUGCAUGGCAACUCAAACCAAGGAUUUUUUGGAGUUUAUGAUGGGCAUGGGGGCAAAAAGGCAGUGGAGUUUGUUGCAGAGAAUUUGCACGUAAAUAUUCUUGAAAAGAUGGUGAAUUUUGAUGCAGGGAAUGUUUCCAAAGAGGAAGCUGUUAAAGCUGGGUAUUUGAAAACUGACCAGGAUUUCUUGAAACAGGGUUUAGUCAGUGGUGUUUGCUGUGUCACAGCCUUAAUUGAAGGGCAGGAGGUUGUUAUCUCAAACUUAGGAGACUGUAGAGCUGUUCUUUGUAGAGGAGGAGUAGCUGAAGCCCUUACAGAAGAUCAUAGAGCAGCACGGGAGGAUGAACGUAAAAGGAUAGAGGAUAAGGGAGGAUAUGUUGAGAUUCAUCGAGGUGCAUGGAGAGUUCAUGGGAUACUUUCUGUUUCUAGAAGCAUUGGAGAUGCUCAUCUGAAGGACUGGGUACUGGCUGAGCCGGAUACAAAGAUCCUGAAGCUGAGUCCGGACAUGGAAUUUCUCGUCUUAGCUUCUGAUGGACUGUGGGAUGAGGUUGGGAACCAAGAAGCUGUUGACAUGGUAAAAUCAUUGUGUAUGGCUGAGAUGAAUGUGGGAACCACAGGAGAUAUUCCAGAAGAUAAUGAUAUUGAUUAUGGUUGUGUAAAUGUAAGCCCUUCAUCUAAGUUGCGGCGGAUUUCACUUGUCAAGCAACAAAAAGAGUCCAGACACUCACCAAGCUAUAAGAAGGCGGCUUGCAGCUGGAAAGACAAUGAAGAUGAUUUUGCAUGUGAAAAUGAAAGUCCUCCAACAAAGUCAAGAAAAAUUUCAUUGGUCAAGCGAAUAAACAUCAAGACUGAGUCUCCUAUUAAAGAAAAUAGUUGGUACAAGAAGAGAUCUGCCUCUGUGGUGCUUGAGAAUGCUUGUAAGGAGCUUGUGAACCUUGCUGUGAGUAGGGGUAGUUUGGAUGACAUUACAGUAAUGAUAAUUGAUUUGCAUCAUUUCAGACAUAGCAGUUGAUCUUGUUUCCCUGCCUGCUUCUCCUCUGGUGAGAGGCAAAUUGUUGAGCCAGGGGCUAAUGUAACCAGGUCAGGCCAGAGUGUGUUUAUGUCUGUGUAUCGAACAAAGUUAGCUGGUCUCUGCCGUUUGAUCAUCAUUACAUGGUGCAAGAAUCUCUUGAUGCAUGGCUUGUCUAUUUCUGUUCAAGCAACGAAUGGAAGCGAGCAUCAUCAGUGCAAGGUCGAGCUUAAGCCAUGGAACUUUUGGAGAAAACAAGGUUCAAAGCAAUUCAUAGUAGAUGGUAGGGCUGUUGAUGUGGUCUGGGACCUUAAGGCCGCAAAGUUCAAUGGGGAGACGGAGCCACAAUCAGACUACUAUGUUGCUAUUGUCUGCGAAGAAGAGGUGGUUCUACUUGUUGGAGAUUUAAAGAAAGAUGCCUACCGAAAGACAGGCUGUAGGCCUGCUCUUAUUGAGCCGAUGCUGGUGUCAAGGAAGGAACACGUAUUUGGCAAGAAGAGAUUCAAGACUAGAGUUAAGUUUAUUGAGAAGGGAAAGUUCCAUGGGAUUUCAAUUGAAUGCAUCAAUGGCGGUAGCAGUGGCAGCGAUAUUAUUGGUGACCGGUUUGAUCCUCGACUAGAGAUAAAGGUAGAUGGGGAACUAGCCAUUCUUGUAAAGCAUCUUCAGUGGAAGUUUAGAGGAAAUGAGUCCAUCCACGUGAAUAAAAGCACUAGAGUGGAUGUUUAUUGGGAUGUGCAUGACUGGCUCUUUGGUUCAGGCCCAAGGCAAGGUCUAUUUAUAUUUAAGGCAGUUUCUGCAUCAUCAUCAUCAUCAUCUCCAUCAUUGUUGUUGACUCAAGAAGAAGAGAAUUACGGCUCAGUACUAGAGAAUGAUAAUACAGGUGGGUCAUCCAGCUUUAGCUUGUUUUUGCAUGCUUGGAAAGAAGAAUAACGAAUCCAUAAGCUGCCUACUAGCUAGUACCAUGCAUGAUCAACACCAAUAUAAUAUCAGCCCUGAAAUUAUCUGUCCAUGAUCUCCAAGCUCAGGAUUAAAUUAAGAAGGAUGUCACAUCUAUCACUGAUCAUUUUGGAAUGGGAAUGUAAUCAGUUAGAUUGAGCUCCAAGAAGGGGAGGUCGCUAGGCAGAUGUCACAGAGAGGGAGGUUGGUUAGAGGUUGGCUUGGAGAAGAGCAAGCGGGUCCAAUUAAAGCUGGAAGUCUGUCGUAGCUAUGCAGACAAGAAUGGACAGGCCAGAUUGGAUAAUGUAUGAAUGCCUAAUAAUUUCCCUACUUUUGGUUCCUUUCCUGCUUUUUCUAUGAGUGCGUGUCAAGAAGGGUCAACCCUGUUUUCAUGAAGGAAUGUGUGAGUGACUGAGUCCAGCCAAGGCAGAUGAUGCCUGGGAUGCUAGGCAGUUGAUGGAGAUAGAAUCAUGCAACGAAUUAAUCAAGAGCCUCUGCUCUGUAGAUAUAUGUGCGCACUGUAAUCUUUGAUAAUUUAAUGCUACCUUUUUCUCAA